UUUUUUUUUUUUUGGAUUUUAUUAGAAACAUUUUUUAGUUUUUCGUCUUUUUAUAACGAGUCGUAAGAAGCCAAAAUGAAUCGCUUGACCAGUUGGACGUACGUAAAGAUGGGCGAUAUUUUCAGGUCCGUGAUCCGAACCAAGAAGGAUAAAUGCUGCCAGGGACAGGAUACGUGUAAGAAGGCAAACGAUUCUUGUUGCAAGAAGCAGGAGCCGCCCAAGAAGGAAGAUUGUUGCAAGAAAGAAGAAACUUCGUGCUGUCAGCCUGAGGAUCCUUGUAAGAAAGCUCCUUGCAAGCAGCAGGAAAAGAAGGAUCCCUGCAAAAAAGAGAAUCCCUGCAAAAAAGAGGAUCCCUGCAAAAAGGAUGAUCCCUGCAAAAAAGAGGACCCUUGCAAAAAGCAGGAUCCUUGCAAAAAGCAGGAUCCCUGCAAAAAAGAGGACCCUUGUAAAAAGCAAGAUCCCUGUAAAAAGAAUGAUUCCUGCUCUAAGAAUGAAUGCGGUAAAGAUUCAUGCAAAAAGGAUGGCAACGAUGGCAAAGGCGACAACAAUGGCAAAACUGGCAACGAUGGCAAAGGUGACAAGGGUGGCAAGUCUGGCAACGAUGGCAAAGAUAAGAAGAAGAAGAAAACCGGUUGGUUUCGCUAAAGAAGCUGCCAAUAAAAGUCGCCAAAAAUUUCGCAAUUUAUUAAACAAAAUUUUCAUUCGAAUUUUAUAAUUCAAAAUUUUCCAUAGACAUUGUCAACGAAUAUCCUUAAAUCAAAUGAGUAUAUAAAAAAAAGAUUAU